AUGCCUGGCCCCGUGGACACCGCAAAGUCCAUCGCCAAGAAGCGUAAGAGGAAGCACGCUACUAAGCCUGCUACCGACGACGAAGAUGUCGCUCCCGUAGCAGAAAUCUCAAGCCCCGCCGUGAAGAAGUCCGCGUCCUCUUCCAAGUCGUCUGCCGAUAAUUCGACUAAGAAGCGCAAGGUCAGCCCUUCUGCCAGCGAGGAUGAAAGCGCCGACGAGGUUGAUGCCGUGGACGCCAAGGCGCAAGAAGGAAGCGAUGACGAAGUUGAGAAUAUCGCCGAUGAGAAGGAUAACGUGGGCGCAGAUCUACCAACUAUGGAGGAUGUGCGCUUGCCGCAGACUGAGGGCACCGAAUUGCGAAAAUUCACCGAGCUGGGACUUUCAGAGAAGACCAUGCAGGGUAUCAAGGAUAUGGGCUUCGAAACUAUGACCGAGAUUCAGCAGCGCACCAUCCCCCCGUUGCUUGCUGGGCGCGACGUUUUGGGUGCUGCGAAGACUGGUUCCGGAAAGACUCUGUCUUUCUUGAUCCCUGCCGUUGAGAUGCUGAGCGCUCUACGAUUCAAGCCCCGGAAUGGCACUGGUGUUCUCGUGGUCUCUCCCACUCGUGAACUGGCUCUCCAGAUCUUUGGUGUUGCCCGUGAGUUGAUGGCUCACCACUCCCAGACGUACGGUAUCGUCAUUGGUGGUGCAAACCGGAGGGCGGAGGCUGAGAAACUGGCCAAGGGUGUUAACCUGCUCAUUGCUACCCCCGGUCGUUUGCUCGAUCACCUCCAGAACACCCAAGGAUUUGUCUUCAAGAACUUGAAGACCCUUGUGAUUGAUGAAGCUGACCGAAUCCUGGAAGUCGGUUUCGAAGAUGAAAUGCGCCAGAUCGUCAAGAUUCUGCCUUCCGAGGAGCGUCAGACCAUGCUCUUCUCUGCUACUCAGACAACCAAGGUCGAGGAUCUUGCUCGAAUCUCGCUGCGUCCUGGCCCAUUGUAUAUUAAUGUCGAUCAUCGCAAGGAGCAUAGCACUGUUGAGGGUCUGGAGCAGGGCUACGUGAUCUGUGAGGCCGACAAGCGAUUCCUGCUUCUGUUCUCAUUUUUGAAGCGCAACCUGAAGAAGAAGAUCAUUGUCUUCUUUUCCAGCUGUAACUGUGUCAAGUACCAUGCCGAGCUGUUGAACUAUAUUGAUCUUCCCGUCCUCGAGUUACAUGGCAAGCAAAAGCAGCAGAAGCGGACAUCAACUUUCUUCGAGUUCUGCAAUGCUAGCCAAGGAACCCUUAUUUGCACUGAUGUUGCCGCCCGUGGCUUGGAUAUCCCCGCCGUUGAUUGGAUUAUCCAAUUCGACCCUCCUGAUGACCCCCGUGACUACAUUCACCGUGUCGGUCGAACAGCCCGUGGUUCCAACGGAAAGGGCCGCAGUCUGAUGUUCCUGCAGCCAUCGGAAGUUGGUUUCUUGAAGCAUCUGAAGGAGGCCCGGGUGCCCGUGGUGGAGUUCGAAUUCCCUCAGUCCAAGAUCGUCAACGUCCAGUCGCAGCUUGAAAAGCUCAUUGGUCAGAAUUACUACCUGAACAAGUCUGCCAAGGACGGAUACCGCUCGUACCUCCAAGCAUACGCCUCGCACUCUCUCCGCUCAGUCUUUGACGUGCACAAGCUGGACUUGGUCAAGGUGGCUAAGGGCUUCGGUUUCUCCGCUCCGCCGCGGAUUGAUAUCCAGCUGGGUGCCAGCCUGAGCAGAGACAAGAAACAAGAGCAGCAAAGCCGCCGGACCUACGGCAGCCAGCCCAAGCAUAAUAAGGGGCUGAAGUUCAAGCGCAAGCACGAGGAUUGA